AUGGCUGCAAACAAUCAUCAACCAAAUGUGUUGGAUAUCUAUAAUGGUAGACAGUUGCUAGAGAGAUACCGUCUGGACAGAGAGGGGAUAGAGUUUUUAGAAGCAGAGUUGAAUCAGUUUAUAGCAACUAGGAACAGGAGCAUGACUGUUACAGAAAAGAUUCUGAUAACACUGCGAUUUCCUAAUGUUAUUGGAGUCAUUGAUGGGACACAUGUGCAAAUCAAGGCCCCAUUACAGGAUGAGCCAGCGUAUGUGAACAGAAUGGGUUACCAUUCGAUCAACACGCAGAUAGUCUUUGAUGGCCGGGACAAUAUCAUAGAUAUUGUUGCAAGAUGGCCUCGUGCAACCCCUGACAGCAGAAUGCUUAGGGAAAGCGGACUCCAUGCUUUGUUUCUAGGAGGGCUUGUACCUGGUGACCACAGUUACCUACUGGGUGAUAGUGGAUACCCAUGCAAAAAGUGGCUACUAACACCUUAUGUAAAUCCACAACCAGGAGCCCAAACCCGCUACAACAGCGCCCAUAAAACAACCCGUUCAAGAGUGGAAGGCGGCAUUGGCCAACUGAAAAGGAGGUGGGGAAUCCUGAACGGGGAAAUACGAUUAAAACCAGAAAAGGCGUGCAGGGUUAUCAUUGCAUGUGCUGUUUUGCACAACAUUUGUAAGCGGCGCAACAUUCCAUUGCUUGACAUUUUACCGAAUGCAGCAGGUCAAGGGAUGAACCAGGGCGUAUAUGCAGGGCCCCAAGAAGGGUUGCGUUACAGGGAAUUUGUAGCCCAAUCAUUUUUUUUGAAUGUAGUAGAAAUGCAAUAUAGACUUGUAUCUCCAUAUUUAUACGUAUGA